CCGUCAAUAUGGAUCGUAUCACAUUUACUGUAAAUGGGACUAAACACUCCGGUAAGUGCUUUGCGUUUUAUUAAAUUACCUAUGGUACAUUAGAAAGUAUUACUAAAUUGACUCUGUAAACAUGAGUUUGGAGAUGGGAAUUCACAUCAAAACUAAUUAUUGCUACUGAUAAUAACCAAAAUUUUAAACUAAUGGCCUUAGAUAUCGAUUGCCACUAAGCAUAGCGCCAUUUUGCACUUAUUGUAGGCAGUAGGCAGAAUCAUCAGCAUCAUCAUGCUACCAGAAAACAACUCCCUCAGUCCACAACCGUCAGUAGACAGCCAUACCUCACAAGUGAGCCUCACGACUGUUCCCAGUGAGCGGCGAGGAGGUGUCGUCGGACGUGCACCUGGUGGACUACCUGCGCCAGCACCUCGGGCUCAGCGGCACCAAGUACAUGUGUCGCGAGGGCGGCUGCGGCGCCUGCGUGGUGGCUGUCUCCGCCAGGGACCCCGCCGACCUCACGCACCGCACCUUCUCCGUCAACUCUUGUUUGAUAUCAAUAACGCAAUGCCAAGACUGGGAGAUCACGACGGUGGAGGGGCUGGGCGACCGGCGGCGCGGCUACCACCCGGUGCAGCGCGCGCUGGCGGAGCACAACGGGUCGCAGUGCGGCUACUGCAGCCCCAGCUGGGUCAUGAGCAUGUACAGCUUACUUGAGUCGCAUCAUUACGAUCUGACUCAGUACCAGAUAGAAGAUUCGUUCGGCAGCAACACCUGUCGGUGCACCGGCUACCGGCCCAUCCUAGAUGCCUUCAAGUCCUUCGCCAAAGACGCACCCAAGCCCAAGGAAUUGCUAGAUAUUGAGGAUUUGAGUAUUUGCAAGAAGAAAGGAGACUCCUGCCAAAAAACUUGUGAAAAGAAGCACGAUUGGUGCUGGGUGAACAAGGAAGAUGCCAAAGAAAAAGCUGUUAAGAAAAUUAAACUCAAAGAUGCCAAAAUGUUCUAUAAAGUGUACGAGGUCAAGGAUAUUUUUAACAUAUUUCAUGUUGAAGGUGUUGACUCAUACAUGCUCAUUGGUGGUAACACAGGGAAAGGAGCAUACCACAUCUUCGAGUACCCUCGUGUGCUGGUGGACGUCAGCGACGUGACGGAGCUGCGGCGCUGCUACCUGGACCAGAACCUGGUGGUGGGCGGCGCCACGACGCUCACGGACCUCAUGCGGCUGCUCGCAGACACCGCCGGGAAGUACCAGGAGUUCAGAUAUCUGCAGAAGCUUUACGAACAUCUCAACUUGGUGGCACACAUCCCCGUCAGAAAUGUGGGCACGGUUGCAGGGAACCUGAUGGUGAAGCAUCGCGUCAAUAAAUUUUCAUCUGAUAUAUUUCUGUUAUUAGAAACUAUCAGAGCUACUCUGACGAUAUGGACCAAGUCGGGCAAAGUAUUGGAAGUGACUCCCAAGGAAUUUUUGUAUUUGGAUAUGACUGGAAGUCUCAUUGUGAAUGUAAAAAUCCCGCCGCUAUCCGACAGCUACCAUUUCGUUUCAUUCAAGAUCAUGCCCAGGGCUCAAAACGCUCAUGCUUCAGUAAAUGCAGGAUUUUUAUACAAAUUUGAUGAGCACGAGUAUGGUCGAGUGGAAUCUGCUAGAAUAGUGAUGGGAGGUAUAUCAGAACGGUUUGUGCACGCUGAAAACACUGAAAAGUUUCUCGUCGGUAAACAGCUAUUUACUAACGAAGUUCUGCAAGCCGCGCUGCAGGUGUUGGCGGACGACUUGGUCGUAGAGGAAAUAGCGGGGGAGCUCAAACCAGAGUUCCGUAAGAAAUUGGCUUUAGGAUUGUUUUACAAGGCUUGUCUAACUUUGAUUCCCGAGCACUACCUGAAGCCGCGGUACCGCUCCGGGAGGAGGGACUUCCGCAAGACGCGGCCGGUGUCGGCGGCGGAGAGCGUGAUCGACAGCAACCCCGCCGUGUGGCCGCUCACCGAGCCCAUGCCCAAGAUGGAGGCGCUCAUCCAGUGCGCCGGCGAGAUCAAGUACUCCAACGACGAGCCGCGCCGCCCCAAUGAGGUGCACGCCGCCUUCGUCACCAGCGACGUGCCCACCGGGGAGAUCAUCGACAUCGACCCCACGCCCGCUCUGAAACUGCCCGGUGUCCUCAAAUUCUUCACGGCCAAAGACAUUCCGGGAAGAAAUAACUUCAUGUCUCUGAAAAUCGGCCCACCUCUGAUAUUCAACGAAGAAGAAAUUCUCUGCGACGGCAAAGUGAAGUGUUAUGACCAAGCCAUCGGCAUCAUCGUGGCGGAGACGGAGGCGCUGGCGCAGCGGGCGGCGCUGCUGGUGCAGGUGCGGUACAAGCGGCGGGACGCGCCCCCGCUGCUGACCGUGGCGCAGGUGCGGCGCGGCGCCCCUGAGCGCGUGCAGCUGUACUCCACCAUCCCGGCGCGCGCGCGCGGGGCCGACGUGCGCCGCGUGCUACGCGGGCAGACCAACAUCGAGUCGCAGUUCUUCUUCAGCAUGGAGCCGCUCACGUGCGUGGCGUGGCCCAGCGACGACGGCGUGUUCGUCAACCCCUCCUGCCACAGCCCCGACCUCACGCAGAUCGUCAUCGCCGAAUGCCUCAACAUACCCCAGAGCAGGGUGCUGCUGCGCGCGGGCCCGGUGGGCGGGUCGUACGGCAGCCGGCUCACGCGCGCGGCGCAGGUCAGCACGGCCUGCUCGCUGGUCAGCUACCUGAUGAACCGCCCCGCGCGCCUCGUGCUCAGCAUCCAGCAGAGCAUGCGCGUCAGCGGCUCGCGGCUUCCUUGCACCAGGGACUUCGAGUGUGGUGUGAAUGAUGAAGGCGAGAUCCAGUACCUGGAGUACCAGCUGUACGAGAACAACGGGUGGGUGUUCGGGGACCCCAUCGUGUCGCUGGCGCUGCUGUCCGUGCGCAACGCGUACGACGACGCGCGCUGGAACUGUGAGCUCUACAACGUCAUGUCCGACAACAUCUCCUACAGCUGGUGCCGCGCACCCGGGAGUGUGGAAGCCAUAGCUAUGUCAGAAUACAUAAUGGAGCAGAUAGCAUACGAAUUAGACCUCGAUCCGUUGGAGGUGAGAAUGAGAAACCUCCGUAAGAAUGAUCCACCUCUAGAGGCCGUCGUGAAACAGAUCAUAGAGGACAGCGAGUACUACAAGCGGAAGGAGGAGGUGCGCAAGUUCAACUCGGAGAACCGCUGGAAGAAGAAGGCGCUGCGCGUGGCGCUGAUGAGCUUCCCGUCCGUGCUGUACAGCGACUUCCAGGUGCUGCUGACGCUGUACCACGGCGACGGCUCGCUGGUGGUGCAGCACGGGGGCGUGGAGGUGGGGCAGGGCAUCAACACCAAGGUGGCGCAGGCCGUGGCCUACACGCUGCAGGUGCCGCUCAGCCAGGUGCGAGUCAAGGCCAUGGACAACGCGUCCAACCCGAACACCAACCAGACGGGCAACAGCACCACCUCGGAGACGUGCUGCUUCGGAGCCAUCAAGUGCUGCCAGCUGCUGCUGGACCGGCUGGCGGACACGCGCGCGCGUCUGCCGGACGCCAGCUGGGCCGAGCUGGCGCAGGCGGCCUACAAGGCGGGCGUGAACCUGCAGACCAGCUACCACACCACGGCCAACGACACCAUGGCGUACCGCGUGCCGGCAGCGGCCGUGGCGGAGGUCGAGCUGGACGUGCUGACCGGCGAGCACGAGCUGCUGCGGGUGGACCUGCUGGAGGACGCCGGCACCAGCAUCAACCCCGAGCUCGACAUCGGACAGGUGGAGGGCGGGUUCAUCAUGGGGCUGGGCUACUGGACGUCGGAGCACAUGAUCUACUCGGCGCGCUCCGGCGAGCUGCUGACGGACCGCACCUGGUACUACCACGUGCCGCAGGCCAAGGACAUCCCCCUCGACUUCCGCGUCAAGCUGCAGAGGAACUCCUACAACCCCGCCGGGAUACUCGGCUCGAAAGUGGUGGGCGAGCCGCCGACGUGCCUGGGCGUGGUGGCGGGGCUGGCGCUGCACGCCGCCAUCGCCGCCUCGCGCUGGGACAGCGGCGCCCCCAAGACAGAGUGGUUCGAAGUUGACGGCGCGUACACGAUCGAGGCCAACGUGCUCACGGCCGGCGUGAAGCUGCACGAGUUUCUCUACAACUAACUUUUCACACACAUUAUUGUUAUACUUACAUUUUUCUUUAUAGUUACUUACAUACUGUUCCAUUAAAAUUUGCUUUGGGUGUGUUACUUUCAAAGAAUAUUUACCGCAACUAGUAGUUAGUUAAUUAAAAAAAUACAAAUAUUUUAAUA